GAUGAGGUUCUUGUUUUUUAGGGCACCCACCCUCGGCUUAUCAGAAGUCGAUUCCAGGGAAUCAGAGGGUCGUACGAGGUUGGGUUCCAUUUGAAUUUCAAUUCGGAAUCGUUCGCGUGAGAGGAAAUCAGGAAGGAGAAUGGCGGGGAUGGGAGACGGGUACGUGGGCACAGCCCAAGACGCAGUGAGGAUCCGGAGGCUGGAGAAGCAGAGAGAGGCGGAGAGGAGGAAAAUCGAAGAGCUCAAGAACAAGUCUGCUUCGACCAAUGACCAACCCGGUCUCCUCCAAUUCGGUUCCAGCACCUCCGAGAUUUUGGAGACUGCGUUCAAGAAGGAAACUGUGGGUCUGGUUACCAGGGAGCAAUAUGUUGAGAAGAGGGUAAACAUCCGGACCAAAAUUGAAGAAGAAGAAAAAGAGAAGCUGCAGAAGUUGCAACAAGAGGAGGAGGAGCUUCAAGCCCAAAAGAGGAAAAAGCGGAAGAUAAGGGGCGGUUCCCGAUUAUCUUUUUCUGAUGAUAUUGACAAUGGAAGUGAGGAGGAUGGUGAAGACAAAAUUGAAGAUCCGAAGAAGCUUGCACUUGGAAAAUUUGGCAAAGAUCCCACUGUAGAAACUAGCUUUUUGCCUGAUAGGGAGAGGGAAGCAGAGGAGCAAGCUGAACGUGAGAAGCUGCGGAAACAGUGGCUUCGUGAGCAGGAACAGAUUCGAAAUGAGCCUCUUGAAAUCACCUACAGUUACUGGGAUGGAACAGGCCAUAGGCGAGUUAUCCAGGUUCGUAAAGGUGAUAAAAUAGGAGAGUUUCUUCGUGCUGUUCAGCAGCAACUUGCACCUGAAUUUCGAGAGGUCCGAACAACUUCAGUGGAGAAUCUACUUUACGUGAAAGAGGAUCUUAUUAUUCCUCAUCAACACAGUUUCUAUGAGCUGAUAGUUAACAAGGCAAGGGGGAAAAGUGGCCCGCUUUUUCACUUUGAUGUACACGAGGAUGUACGAACAAUUGCUGAUGCAACAAUAGAGAAAGAUGAGUCACAUGCCGGUAAAGUUGUUGAGAGACACUGGUACGAAAAGAACAAGCAUAUCUUUCCUGCCUCAAGAUGGGAGAUAUAUGAUCCAACAAAGAAGUGGGAGCGCUAUACCAUCCACGGGGAUUGAGACUUACCAGAGUGCAGCAGCAGCAGCACGGCAGAUGCCCUAAUGAAUGGCUAAUGCUAGGCCUUUUGCAUUCCCAUUCCCAAUCCCAUUCCCAUAUUCUUAUUCAUCCGGAUGGACCUGAUACUGGAUAUGGUUUUCUCUGUAAUCUAACUCGGAACCUUUAAUAUGAUAACCAUUUUAUAUUUCCUUAA